AUGCUGUUUGAUCUCAUUGAAACUGCUAUCCAUGCGAAAGAAAAUUUCAAGGGCACCAUCCAACCGUUGUUCCCACGAGAAAAACCCGAACCUAUUGGCAAUGGUCAAUCGCACGUACCUCCUACAACUACGUCGGUGAAUAGUGGUCGAGAUAGCGUAUUUCUUGACAGUACGGAAGGAAAUACUACUCAUAAUAGUAGCAGCAACAAUAGUGUGACCCCGUUGGGUGGAUCCUCACUCGCAGGUCGGGUUGCCCGCUCGCCUGUGUUUGCUGUCUCCAGCCAGAUCAACGUGAGCCUUGCCUAUGCCAAUGCCUACGGAGAGUGGUUGAAUCCAGAAAAAGAGGCUUUACUCUACACAGCUGAUGCCCCAUUUCCUUUUCAAGCA